AUGACAGCGAUGUUGGGAAGGACUCUCCAGUUGGGCCGCACGAACUUUGAAUGGCUAGCAAGGCGCCUGAGCCUGGCUGGUGUGUUGUCGAGGAGAGAGGCAGAGAAGGCUAUUGCUGCCGGGCAAGUUACGGUUAACGGUGAAACGAUCUGCCAAAAUGUGGAAGUCUGCAGCGAGGCAAUCGUGUGCUAUAAAGGAGCGUUUGUGCCUCCUCCCGUGAUGACGCCCCAGUUAUUCGGUCUGGUGAAACCCCGACGGGUGCUGUGCGUGAUGGAGGAACGAGAGGAUAUGCCGACCUUGCAUACGCUUAUGCGGCACCUCUACGUGGAGCAAGACUUACUCCCUGAUGAGGUUGAAGAUCUUGAACGAGAAAGGCAAGGGCGACCGCAACGAAAAAACUUGGAUAACUACCCACCCACUCAUUUGAGGACCGGUCUCCCCAGAGCAGGUUUGCGGGAAACCUGCGAGGAGAUCAGUGAUUCAGCUGAGGAUUCUGUUGACGAGUGUGUCAGUGCAGCGGCACAAACGAGAGGUGCCGAGAUAGGUGGCACGCGGCAGCGCCGGCAUGCUCACAGUGCACAGUCGGAUGAUAUGCGCUGUCGGCGCACGGUAGGCGAGGGAGGAAUUGAGACGGGCGUCAACGCGUCCGACAAGGUGUAUGCGAAUUCACUCGAACAGUUUGUUGAUCGUAGAUUUCGCUUGAGCACGCGCCUUCAGUACGACACCCAACCAGUUCUCGCGGAGCUACCAAGGCACCUGAUUGUGGUGCGGCCACUUCCUGUGGAGGCGGAUGGAUUCGUGCUUCUAACAAACGACGGCGACUUCGCCCACGCUGUGCAGAAGCCAGAGAACCGUGUUCAGUCCGUGUUCGACGUGCGCGUCAGUGGGACACUGCCGAGCUAUCGAGUCUGGGAAAGUUGGCGCUGCGGCGUCGCGUCUGGUGGCUUCGACUUUGGUCCGGUGUGGGUCGAGCUGUUAAGAGCGUGGCAUAACGCCGCGUGGCUGCGGCUUCAUCUUGUGGAACGCCCAGGCAUGGACCUGCGGAUGCUCUUGAGCAGCAUUGGCCUAAAGCUCCGGCGCCUCCGUCGCUACGCUAUCGGCCCCUACCGCGCUUCGUCUAUUCCUCAGCACACUGUACUGCCUUUGAAGUUCCAUAGCUCCUUUUCGCGCCUGCUGCCGCUGCACAGACAGCUUCAGCACCAAGCCGCUGCCGCCGCGGAGGCGCGAAUCUGUGCAGGGCAACGAGGGGCUGCUGCAGCUGAUGCGGCGGCGGCCAGGGCGGCGGCAGAGAAGGGAACGCAAAGUUCUGGCGCGGCUACACCGCCCGCUUUCCCCCCUAGGCGUGCCGCUCUCUUUCCCGCUGCCGGCGAGUUGAAAGGGUUGCUAGAACAAAAUCAAGACACACGCAAGGAGCGGGUGGGUGGGUGGUGCAUUUUUGACGAGGUGAAGAGGCAUUCCGCUCUUGCCCUAGGGCCACAAAAUACGGGCUUAGAAAGGCAUGCACGACUGCAACAGCCGCAAGAGGGAAACCGGCAGCCGCUAGAUGAGGCGGGGAAGCGGACUGCGACGGCAGAUCAGGCGAUGCUACAGGUAUUCAUGCACACGAAAGGGAAAGACCAGGUGAUCGUCGGGAUCCAGGUGUACAUCGCCUUGUUGGUUUGCAAGAAAGGCGGAUUUCUGGGGGAGCGCGUGGCUGCAUCUUAG